AUGCUCCAAUUCUUGAUCACCUACAAGAAUCUAAUACUCCAACUCUCAGUCUCCCUCACUCUCACCCUCCUCCUCACCUUCCUCAAAAUCCCCAUCUUCUUCCUCCGCGGCCUCCACACCUACAUCCACCCCGACAACGUCCAGAGCGGCGUCCGCGCCGCCAUCCGCCGGCCCGAUGGCCCCGAUUCCGCUUCUGGGCAGCCCUCAAAAUCUAACCCCGAGCUCAGGAAGCGGUCAAGGUCAAAUCCAAACCCGAGUUCGAUGAAAACAAUGCUCAGAUCUUCCGCCUCAAGCUCGACGAGGCCCACCUCCAAACCCACCUUUAAUGGGGUUUUUGUUCCGGUUCUGCUGGGAUUUGCCGGUGUUUCUAAGCUGUUGAUUUUGCAUGGUAAAAUUGCUUAUGAGAUAUCCGCUUCGAGGCGUUCCGAGAAGCAACUGAGUGUGCUUUUAGGGGCUGCGGGAUUGGUUUUAGGAAAUGUGAUUUGCUUCACGUUUAGUCCCAAGUUUAUUGAUUUCCAUUUGGAGUCUGUUGAUGGGUUUGCGAAAAUGUUUAUUGCUGUUUUGAUGGGAUGCUUUUCGGGUUUUUUGUUUAUACCGGCGGUGAAGAGUGCGAGGUGUUUUUGGCUUGGGAGUCUCCUCUUGCUUGGACUUUCGCAGAUUGAUGGCAUCUCUUCGGAAAAUUACCAAUACAUUUGUAGUCUAUCGUCGUGCUCUGCCCUUGUGAAGGAAGUGGCUCUCUUUAUGGCUUGGUGGAUUCUCUUUGUUUGGACAAUUUACAGUUCAGCGACCAUUUUUCUUUAUCGGCGCUGCAUUUUGUAUGUGUCUUGA